AUGCAUUUCGGGGGCAAGUGUGGGGGGGCGACCGACCUGCCCUCCAGGGCUCCGCCCUACCUACAGCACAAAGGUCCUCGCCUUGUCCUCUUCGGCCUCGGUUUCCACCGAGUGAAAGAGCAGCAGGCACGUCGUACCCAGGUCCUGGAGCCGCCCGCUCUUGCAAUUUUUCUGAAACUGGGGACGCUCUACCGGGCCUCGGAUUUUCUCCGUUUUGUUCUCCCCGGGCCUCGGAUUUUCUCCGUUUUGUUCUCCCCUCGAGUCUCUGGGCGGUUGGGCAGUGAGUCCAAAACUACCUACCUGGAAGACCUUCCACCACUCCCUGAGUAUGAAUUGGCCCGGUCCAAGUUAGGAGAGGAAGUGGAUGAUGUUUAUCUCAUUCGAGCUCAAGGAUUGCCUUGGUCGUGUACUGUGGAAGAUGUGCUUAACUUUUUCUCAGACUGCAGAAUCCGCAAUGCUGGGAAUGGAAUACAUUUCCUCUUAAAUAGAGAUGGGAAACGAAGGGGUGAUGCCUUAAUUGAAAUGGAGUCAGAGCAGGAUGUGCAAAAAGCCUUAGAGAAGCACCGCAUGUACAUGGGUCAGCGUUACGUGGAAGUUUAUGAGAUAAACAAUGAAGAUGUGGAUGCCUUAAUGAAGAGCCUACAGGUCAAAUCUUCACCUGUGGUAAAUGAUGGCGUGGUUCGUUUGAGAGGACUUCCUUAUAGUUGCAAUGAGAAAGACAUUGUAGACUUCUUUGCAGGACUGAAUAUAGUAGACAUUACUUUUGUGAUGGACUAUCGAGGGAGAAGAAAAACAGGGGAAGCCUAUGUGCAGUUUGAAGAACCAGAAAUGGCCAACCAAGCCCUCUUGAAACACAGGGAAGAAAUUGGUAACCGAUAUAUAGAGAUAUUUCCAAGCAGAAGGAAUGAAGUUAGAACACAUGUUGGCUCUCAUAAGGGAAAGAAAAUGACAUCUUCUCCUACUGCUAAGUAUAUAACUGAGCCAGAAAUGGUCUUUGAAGAACAUGAAGUAAAUGAGGAUAUUCGACCCAUGACAGCUUUUGAAAGUGAGAAGGAAAUAGAAUUGCCUAAGGAUAUGCCAGAAAAACUUCCAGAAGCUGUUGAUUUUGGAACUACGCCUUCACUCCAUUUUGUCCACAUGAGGGGAUUGCCUUUCCAAGCCAAUGCCCAAGACAUUAUAAAUUUUUUUGCUCCACUGAAGCCUGUUAGAAUCACCAUGGAAUACAGUUCCAGUGGGAAAGCCACUGGUGAAGCUGAUGUGCACUUUGAUACCCAUGAGGACGCUGUUGCAGCUAUGCUCAAGGAUCGGUCCCACGUUCACCAUAGAUAUAUUGAACUGUUCCUGAAUUCAUGUCCAAAAGGAAAAUAAGAUUUCCAGAGACUCCAGAUAAUAAGGAUGAAGCAAGAAGCAUUUCAUUUGCACAUCUUUCUUGGACAUCGGAUAUAAAGUUCCAGUUUAUUAGCAGGAACUGCUAGAGAAAGGAUUUUGGGGUUUGGGGGUUCAUUGCUUCUGAGAAAAAUUUCGUAGAGGACUGAAAGAGAAGAUUGAGUUUGGGAUUAUGAAAUAAACCACAAAUUAAAAUUUUUGUUUAAACUGUCCAGGAUCUGAUUUAAAAAUCUGGUCUUCAUUUUAUAUGAUUAAACAGUUUGUUUUCAUAGAGGAUAUUACCCAUUAUAAAGAGUACAUAUUUUUACUUAGCACUGUUCUUUAAAAUCUUUCUCCCAUUUUAAAAAAAAAAAAUCUGUUCAAGGUUUUGUUUUUUGCCUGUGAAUUGAGAGCUCUGAUUUAAAACUUCUCAUGGAGUAAAAUAAUGAUUUAUUUUAACCAAAUACUCACCAAAGCAAAGAAAGGUUUCAGACCUUUGAUCCAGUAUGGUUUGGCAGAGUAGUUUCAAUUUUAGCUGUAUUUGAUUACUUAAAUAGGAUUAGGAAUUUUAAAAAGGAAAGUCAAAACAAAAAAUGAAUAACACAGGUUAGUGCGUGUAAAUGACAACAGUUUGGCAGUUUUAUGUCUUUAGAAAUGUUUUGACUUUUUAAGCCUUGUGUUAAAGGCUUAAAACAUUUAACUUUGGUUCCUGUCUACUUAAGGAGAAUUCUAGUCUCAACUUAAAAGUUGUCUGAACCCUCCCCCCCUCUUUUUUUGGUGUUGGGUAAACUUUAAAGGUGUUUGUUAGUCUCAAAACUGUGAAGUGACAUGUCUAAACAGUCCAGACUGGUAAGGACAUUAAUGGCUUCACUUGAAUUUAAACCAGCUCUAGAUAGAUAGGAAAAAAUCUGUCUCCUCAUUUGCUUUUUCACUGGGGUAGUACAUCCCAUAUUUUAGAACAAGUAGGGGUGUCUUGCUUAAAUACAAAAAAUAGUAGCAUUUAAUGUGUAAUUGUGUGAAGGGUUUAUGGAUAAAGCUGUACUUCUGUCACAUUGUGGCAGUAUCUCCUGCUUUAAUAUUAAACAGCUUGUUAUUUAAAUAUUGGACAAAAUGGCUGGCUUCAAAAUGUAGUCAUUAAUAAACUAACUUUAUGUGCACCUGUGUAGGAGAAUCAAAGUCCUGUAUACUUUCUUUGCCUUGUUCCUGUCUUCAGGGUGACGGCUGCCACCAGGAGAUAUAAUUCUAGUUCUUAAAACUGAAUUUGCCCAGAUUCCUGAGAAGAGAUAUCUGGAAGAGAGACAAUGUCUUCUCUCACUUAAUAUAUAACUAUCUUUGAUUACCAGCUGUGAUACAAAAUCACUGUACUGUAAGUAGUCAAUAAAUGAAGGCUUGUUUCAGGCUGAAGAUUACCCAAGAGUAUUUAUUAUGGUUGUGCGUGAGUCAAGUGCAUUGCAUAUAUUUUUUAUUAUAUCAAGUCCUGGUAUAUUAAUAUAAGAAGAAACAGUUAAUUUUCAGUUGUGUGUGUGUUUUUUAAAUCAUCCUAUAAACAUUUAAUCAACUAGCUUAACAUCUACAGUAGUACUACUUACAUGGAAAUGUGUAUUCAUAUAUGGUUGAAUGUACCAAGUUAUGAGAGCUGGUGUCUAAAGUUGUAUGGUCUGUUAGAAUGUGAUUUUUUUCCCUCUCCCUUUAGCAGUUGGUAUCUAAUUUGCUGUGGUAAAGAUUUGUUGGGUAUUGGGAUUGGGGUUGGUGAGGAAUUAAUACAUUUGCAGUUAUUUUAUUUUAAGCUAAUGAAUUUCAUUUGCACAUCUCUGGGAAAAGAAUGAGCAAAAGCAUUAAAAUGCUAUGUGAUGGA